GAGGCAACGGGAAAAGCCGCUCUCGCGUUGUGGGUGAUAAAGAUGGCGGCAGCGGAGAGGAGGGAGGUCGGGGGAGAAAGGUAGCGCUCCGCCCGGCUCGGGUGUAAAGCACGGCUCGAAGGACGGCGGCCGUGGGUUGGAAGGAAGAAUGGAGCCGGCUGCCGCCUUCCUGGGGCUGCUGCAGGGGAAGGCGGCUCCGCGUGUGUUCUCCGCUGGGUACAGGCCGCGGUGGGGCCUGGGAGCAGCGGUACAAGGGCAGCGCGCUGGGAGCCGGAGUGUGGCCGUCACCUUCUGUGCUCCGCUGCGUCCCCUCGGGCCGCGUACGGUGCGGGGCGCCGCAGCUCUUGUUCCGUUUCCUUCUAGAGAGAGUAUAAAAGGGAAAGCGAAACUCCGCUUGAAGGAGUGCGAUGUUGGGGACAAGUUCUCCCACCUGCCUCUUCGCAAGGCCUCGGUGCUGCUGCCGCUGUUGCUGCGGGACGGGGCGCUGUGCCUGCUGCUCACCGUCCGAUCCAUGCAGCUGAGAAGAUCACCUGGAGAAGUGUGUUUUCCAGGAGGUAAAAGGGAAGAAAUGGAUAAAGAUGAAAUUGAUACUGCCCUCCGAGAAGCCAAGGAAGAAGUGGGACUGCAGCCGGAGAAAGUGGAAGUCAUCUGUAGGCUUGUGCCAGGAAUUGAUAAAAUGAAUCAUUUGGUAACACCAGUUGUAGGAUUCAUAGAGGAUACCUUCCAGGCAUCUCCUAAUCCAGAUGAAGUGAGCGAUGUUUUUGUUGUGCCAUUGGAGUACUUUAUCAAGCCCUUAAAUUACGUGGCCAUGCCAUAUAAAAACUCAUCUGGUUACUUAGACUGGAUGCACUGCUUUACAUAUGAUGACCACGAACAUAAAAAGUCCUUCAAGAUAUGGGGACUUACUGCACAUUUUGCUGUAUUUCUUGCUAUUGUAGUUUUUAGGAUGAAACCCACCUUUGAAGUUCAUUUUGAUCUUGACAACUUAAUUGUGUCUGCUGAAAAUUAUUUUUUGAACUUAUAUGCAUCCAUAAAUGAAAGAAAGAAGAGUAGUCUAUAGGAAGCCGGUCUGACCAUCUCUGUUGAAGGAAGGGUAAAGUUUGGGUUUGUGUUCUUUGUAUCCAUUACUUGAUUGAAUUUCACAUUUGCAUUCCUGCUGAAUUGGUAAACUUUUUAAAAUCAAACCAAGUUGUCAAACACUAACUAGAUUCACAGAUUUUAUCUGGUUUUCAGUUAUCAAGAGCACACAGUUGGUUAUUUUAUGCACUUAUACAGAUUUAAAAGGUCGGGUUCAAUUUCUGCCUUUGUUUUGUGUGAUUGAAGACUGACCUUCUGUGCUUUUCUUCCAUUUAACAAACUAAAACUGAUUUUUGCCUGUUUGAAAUAGAACAUAAAAGCUUGUUGGGAUCUGUCCACAUCUUACGAUAUGACAUAUUGCAUAUCUUCAUUGCAUACGCAUGCAUAAUAAAACAUAAUAAAAACAUAAGAGGUGGCAAGUGCUUUCACAGUUUACUUUGUUUUGGUUGGGGUUGUGGAGGGAAGGAAGGUGGAGGUUUAAUGAGUUUUAUUACUCUUGCCCUAUUUAAUAUUUCUCCCUGAAUUCCUCAAGGCUGUGGAAAGCUUAGUGUACAUGUCAUAGUACUGAACUUUACUCCUCAGCAUCGUUAACAUCAUUCUCUCAGCUCCAGCAGUAUUUAAGGAGAGAAAAGUGGCACUUGGCAUUCAUGAAAUCCUAUAGUGCUUUUUCUCAGUGUAUGCAGGAACAAAACUAAAGUUCUUCAGACCAUCUGAGUGCCCAAACACCCCCUUUGAGCACUAAAACAAUAGAAGGAAACAAUGGCCUGUUCUACAGCUGCAAUUCUGCAAGUUUCACAGAAACUAAAGGGAGAUUGUUUCUUUGGGCAAUCUUCAGAUAAAACUGCCACAGUUCUUGAGGCAGAAAUGCAAUGCCUUGCAGUUUAACACUGAAUGUUACAGUGCCUAAGCUCAUGUCUGUCUUUAGUCACGUAAUAAAGCCAUUACCAAGAA